AUGAUUUCGAAUGAGGUUUUAUUUUGGAUCAAAAACCCAGUGUCAAUAGCAGGUGAAAAUAUUAAUGGAAUCUGUUAUCUAAGGUUAAUAGAUGACAUUCAGCAUGCUAAUGUUUAACUAAUAUUUAUUACAAUUGAAUAUUCUAAAAUUUUACAUAAACGAUAGGUAAUUAUAUACUUUUAUUUUUGAU